AGAAGAGAUGCUCAUCCUUGCAUUACCAGGAGAUGUCGUUGCCUGUACCCGUACCUAAACAGCACAACGUUGUCUGACAGCAAGGGGAAUGUUAAAGACAAGGGAGCAUUGGAGAGAGCAAGCGCCGCUGCCUUCUCUGCUGCACAGUGCACAACCCAGUGAACGGGUCUCCCUAGACUGCCCGUACCUAUAGCGGUCUCUCUUGGCCAUUCGGUGGAUGCUGUCUUUUCGGGCAACACCAACGUCGGGCGUAAAGUGUGUUUUCGGACAAUUCGUAAGGAAUGCUUUACAUAUUUUACAUGGUUUGAAUUUUGGUUACCAAUCGAGGGGAGUCGAGAACAACGCGGUUCCCCGGCAUAUUUUACAAAGUUAUGCCAGUUCCCGACGCAACCUCUGACUCUUAGAACUUCACCAUGCUGAGCCCAGUACUAAACGCCUCUAAUGGAGACGGCCCCGAGACAGAGACCACGUCGGCCAUACUGGCCUCUGUCAAGGAACAGGAGCUGCAAUUUGAACGGCUGACUCGAGAGCUGGAAGCUGAACGGCAGAUUGUCGCCACCCAACUGGAGCGAUGCAAGCUAGGAUCUGAGACCGGCAGCAUGAGUAGCAUCAGUUCAGCGGAUGAGAAGUUUCGCUGGAAUAACCAAGACGGACAGAAGGACAUUGAGGAAGAACUGACGACCGGCUUGGAGCUGGUGGACUCCUGCAUUAGGUCACUCCAGGAAUCUGGGAUACUUGACUCCCAGGAAUUCUCCGCAGGCGACAGACAAGGCCUGCUAUCCCAGAGUGCACUACAGCUCAACAAUCAGGAUGGUUCACUCUCUUACCCAGCCGGUUACCUCAGCAACCAGGCACUAGAGGCCCUGCCCCGCAGUGGCCAGGUGGGAGGGGCAGUCCACAGUUACAACCAGGUGACGUCUAGCCGUGCGGCCCAGCUAGCUGCCAGUGUAGACUCCUCCCAGUCCAGAGAGUCGUUUGCCCAGGGCCAUGGCAGCGCCUUCCACAUGCCUGACGCCCCGCCAACUCCUUCCAUGUACUACUCUUGCUCCACCCUGCCUGCCCAACGUGUGAGCUCCCCCCACUCCAUGCAGGCCGUGGGCUCUCCCACCAAGCUUCAGCGCCUGGGCUCUGCCUCUGACAUGCCCAGCUACGCCACCCUGCAGCGAGUCUCCUCGCCCAAGCAGUCCCCCAGCCGGCUGGCCAAGUCCUACAGCACCAGCUCCCCCAUAAACAUGGUAGUUGGGUCUGCUGGGCUGUCCUCCACUUCCCCGCUGCACAUGGCUUCUUCAGGCAACGCCUCGGGCUCAUCCCCACUCCAUCAAUUCAGCUCUACCGUGGGUAACUACGCUACCCUGUCCCCCACCAAGCGCAUGCAGCACUCCUCGGACCAGUACAAGAUCUCCCACGAGCUGUAUGCAAACGCCACCCUCGGGAGGCCUGGCAGCCUGGCAGGAUCCAGGGGCUCUUAUAGCAGCCAGCACAGUCACCUGGGCUCCGAGCUGCGACCUCUCCAGUCUCCUGAGCACCACAUUGACCCCAUUUAUGAGGACAGGGUCUACCAGAAGCCUUCUAUCAGGAGUCUCAAUCAGAACCAGGCCCCGUCUUCCCCUGGUGUUGACUCCACCCCCUUGCAGCGUACAGGCAGCCAGAACGCCUCAGGCACUUUGCCAUACCAGAGAAGCAGCUUUGCCACUGCCUCUGCUGCGGACUACUCCAACCCGUACCGCACCCUCCAGUUCUGCCCAUCUACCGAGUCUCCCUACAGCAAGUCAGGCCCCGCCCUUCCCCCGGAGGCCGCACUGGCCCGCUCACCUUCUGUCGACAGUAUCCAGAAGGAUCCCAGGGAGUUUGGCUGGAGAGACCCAGAGCUGCCUGAGGUGAUUCAGAUGCUGCAACACCAGUUCCCCUCGGUCCAGUCCAACGCUGCAGCCUACCUCCAACACCUGUGCUUCGGAGACAACAAGAUCAAGUCUGAGAUCCGAAGGCAGGGAGGAAUCCAGCUGCUGGUGGAUCUGCUGGAUCACAGGAUGACCGACGUGCACCGCAGUGCCUGUGGUGCUCUGAGAAACCUGGUAUACGGAAAGGCCAACGAUGACAACAAGAUCGCCCUGAAGAACUGCGGCGGGAUCCCAGCCCUGGUCCGCCUGCUGAGGAAGACCACCGAUGUGGAGAUCAGGGAGCUGCUUACAGGUGUGCUGUGGAACCUGUCGUCGUGUGAUGCCCUGAAGAUGCCCAUUAUCCAGGAUGCUCUGGCCGUGCUGACCAACGCUGUCAUCAUCCCCCACUCGGGCUGGGACACCUCGCCCCAUCAGGAGGACCGCAAGCUGCACUUGCACUCCUCCCAGGUGCUCCGCAAUGCCACUGGCUGCCUCAGGAAUGUGAGCUCGGCGGGGGAGGAGGCUCGUAGGAGGAUGAGGGAGUGCGAGGGCCUCACUGACGCUCUGCUCUACGUGAUCCAGACCGCCUUGGGCAGCAGCGAGAUCGAUAGCAAGACCAUUGAAAACUGUGUGUGCAUUUUGAGGAACCUCUCGUAUCGACUAGCGGCAGAGACAUCUCAGGGACAGCAGAUAGGCACAGACGAGCUUGACGGAUUGCUUUGUGGCGAUGCCAAUGGCAAGGAUGCCGAGAGCUCUGGUUGCUGGGGGAAGAAGAAAAAGAAAAAGAAGGCCCAUGAUCAGUGGGAUGGUGUUGGGCCCUUCCCGGACUCAGCUGACCCUCCCAAAGGCAUUCAGAUGCUGUGGCACCCCACCAUCGUCAAGCCCUACCUCACACUCUUGUCUGAGUGCUCCAACCCAGACACCCUGGAGGGGGCAGCCGGGGCUCUGCAGAACUUGGCUGCAGGCAGCUGGAAGGUACAGCACAGUACAUGGUCUGUGUAUAUCCGUGCGGCGGUGAGGAAAGAGAAGGGUCUGCCCAUCCUGGUGGAGCUCCUGAGGAUCGACAACGACAGGGUGGUGUGUGCCGUGGCCACAGCUUUAAGAAACAUGGCCUUAGACGUCAGAAACAAAGAACUCAUCGGCAAGUACGCAAUGAGAGACUUGGUCCACCGAUUGCCCGGUGGGAACAACAACAACAGCAGUGGUGGGACUGCUGCCAGUGCUAUUGGGAAGACCAUGUCGGACGACACUAUCACAGCUAUCUGCUGUGCCCUGCACGAGGUCAUCACUAAGAACAUGGAGAACACCAAGGCUCUGCGUGACGCUGGAGGCAUCGAGAAACUCAUCGGCAUCGCCAGGAGCAAAGGAGACAAACACACACCCAAAGUGGUAAAAGCAGCCUCUCAAGUCCUCAACAGUAUGUGGCAGUACAGAGACCUUCGCAGCCUCUACAAAAAGGAUGGAUAUUCUCAGUAUCAUUUUGUUGGCUCAUCCUCUACAAUAGAAAGAGAUAGACAAAGACCAUAUUCUUCCUCCCGCACCCCAUCCAUCUCGCCCGUACGGACAUCUCCAAAUAAUCGAUCAGCAAGUGCCCCUGCCUCUCCCCGAGAGAUGAUCAGCAUUAAGGAGAGGAAGACAGACUACGAAUCAACGGGCACCAAUGCCAGUUACCAUGGCAACAAGGGUGAGCACACUUCGAGGAAAGAUGCCAUGGCAGUUCAAAUUUCAAGUGGAACCUCAACAUUGUUCCGAGGUGCCUAUGUCUCUCCAAGUGAUGACAUCAAACACAACCAGGUCCCUUCCCAGGGCCCCAACCCAGGCCAGGAGCCCUACCCUCCGUUCCAGAACCCUCCUGGAGUACAGUUUGAGGAGGCAUUCUAUGAGGACCAAGUGCACCAACGCCCUCCUCAGGCCACAGACUUGAACAUGCACCUGGGCCUCAAGUCCACCGGCAACUACGUGGACUUCUACUCAGCAUCCCGCCCAUAUAGUGAACUCAACUAUGAGACCAGUCACUACCCGGCCUCCCCGGACUCCUGGGUCUAGUGGACUAUAGAGGAAGGACUCGUCGUCAGCAGUGUGCUGGGAUAGGGGGAGAGGAGCCGAAAGAGAGAGUAAGACAAAAAGGCCACGCAUGCUUGCAUGCACAACACAAGACAUUUCUUCAGCGAGUUUAGUUUGUCCUAGAGAGCGAUGUCCCACGCCCAUGUGUCUUUGAAGAAAGAAGGAGAGAGAGAGACCGUCACAGAGCAGAAGGGAUAGAAAGAGAGUCAGAAAGAUAGGAGGAGGGAGGGAAAGAGAGAGAGGAAGAAAUAAAGAGUAUGAUCUUGUAAGGAAACGACUCACAAAAGGCAAAAGGAAGGUGUUAAAUGAUGGGGUCACCACCAGAAGCUUGGCGCGUUGAAGUGUGAGGAGCAGGAGUAUUCUAGACAGAAGACAACUGUAAAUAUGUGGUAUAGUAAAGAGAUUAGUGUGUGAAGCACAAGAAAAUGAAGAGUCAUACACAAGCUAGAGAAUAGUUGUCAGUCACAAACUCUUAUUAGGAUUAAUUUACGGCUUCAACCUGUGUUGUAUGUAAGGAGUGUCCUCUCACGGGCAAAGGAAUUGCUUCUAGACUUUGUAUCUUUUGAUUUGUUACGAUUCUUUUUUUAUUUGUACUUUUUUAAUUCCGAAUUCUGGUGUUAAGUAUUUGAUGUACAUUACAGAGAUACAAGUGCAUUGUGUAUAUUACACAAAGACCUGUGUCCCUUCCCUCAGUGUCUCAACAGAACGUCAACCUGUCUGUUACAUUCUGGGGGGAGAAUGGAGUGGUACAAUGUCUGCGCACAAACAAACAAAUACGAGCAAAUGUGUUUUAGCAGCAAAAUUAGGAAAUAAUGUUAGUUCUGGCUAAUCUGAUGUGAAUUGGUGGAACUAAGCAUCUCAAUAGCAUCAUUCUACUCCCUUGGUGCUCUUCCACUGCCUAAAACAGUUUACGGAGGGACUGUAGAUAUACUCAAAAUACUUUUUAUUUCCUACACGCCAUGUCAUUUUGUUUGUCCAACCAUAUCUCCAUGAAAACAAGUUUGUUCCUCCACACGCCUCCAAGUGAACUGUGCUCAUGGUCUGUUUUUAAAUGUGCCAAACAUGUUUAUCUCCAAGCCGAGGGGUAAAACGCUGAACUUCUGUUGAAGUUUACAUUCAACAGCAAGUCGUUGGUUCUAACAAUCCCAGUUUGUAAAUGCUUUUUUUUAACGUGUUUUAAUGGAAUAAAGCUAUAUAUACACUGUAACAAGACUGGAACAUUACCAGGAGACGAAAAUUAGAUCUUUGAGAGCUUAAUUCCCUCCAAAGAUGUACAAAUUAGUUGGGUCUGUGUUGUAAAAUAAUCCAUGUUUGAGAAAAAUGUGUUUUUUUUUCCAGAGAGGGUUGGCAAUCAUGUUCAUGGUAGACUGUUAAUAGAGUAUGAAUAUAUAUUAUAUAAAUAUAAAUAUAUACUUUUUAUGUGCAGAUGUGGAUGUCACUUAAAGCAGCAACAUUAUGGAAGAGACUUGUAAAAAAAAAUAUUUGUUCACCUUCAUUUUCUGGUCUACACACUAAAAUGUUGACUUUGUGUAGUCAUGUUGUUGCUAUGUGAAAUAGGGGAGACCAGGAGCGGAAUAUCCACAGAGAUACAGAAGUUGUCACAGACCUCGUUUCGACAAGAAAAGGUACUAAAAGUUACAGCUACAGAUUUUUGGUAUUUUGGUGUUUACAGAAUGUAUUUAGCUACUUCAAAUCCCUAGUUUUGAAUAUUGAAAUUGUCACAGGUGUUAUGUCUUUCACCACCUUCUAAGAAAAUGAUCCGCUUGAUCCUUAUUGGAUUCCCUCAAACUUCUCAAUAUCAGUGGGGUGUACAGUUAUCAACAAUAGAGCUUGAUGAUCCAGUGUGUGUGUUUCUGUCAAAGAGAUGGAAACGGAAUGAAAGUGGCUUUCCCCAGUAGGACAAACGGUUCCAUAGCGAGCCCUCCUUUGAGGAAAUGUUUCAAUAACAUUAUGUGGCAACCUAGAUAAACAAAUAUUUAAUUGCCCAGUAAUGCAUGAAUAGCUCUUCUUUCAGUCAAUGUUAAACAAAAUGGUGGUAGGCUACACACUAAAGCUGAAUUGAGGAGAAAACGGUCACACUUUAUUUAGAUAGCAAGCAGUUGUUUAUCAACAGAUAGACUUAAGGUUAGGGUAAGGGUUAAGUUUAGGGUUAGGAUAAGGGUUGAGAUUAAAGCUAGGGUUAGUAGGUAGUCUGUAGAGCAUCUACAGAUGGACUAUCCAAAUAAAGUGUUACCAAAAAAAUAAAAUCUUUAAAAGAUGUGACAACAAGCCCUGGUCUCCCCUACAUAUCAUUUAUAAAUCUCUCGGUCAUCUUCAGAUGCUUGAACAAUGAAUAAAUGAUGCAAAACCAAAAUUGUUCAACAUAUCCUACAAUGAUCCCCCUUCUCAUUAGUUAGCAUCUGAAAACAGACACAGUCCUUGUGAAAAGUAGACAUACCUGACAAAACUGUAUUGAACUAUGUCAGUAAACCUUUUUGUUGCUAGACAACGUGUUUUAAAGACUUGUGAAACUUUUUAUUGUCUCAACAGAUUGCAACUGCUACAAAAAUAUAAACUGACCAUCUAAGAUU